UGCAGCCGCGGAGCCGGACGUGUCCGCGAAGAUGGCGGGUCGGGUGAGUGCCGGCCCCGAACUUGCGGCUGGAGGCGGGGGUGCCGGGCUCGCGGGCACUCUGAGGUCCGGACGGCCCAGGGGAGGGGGGAGUAUGCAAGCUGCAAGAUGUCCUACAGAUGAAUUAUCUUUAACCAACUGUGCAGUUGUGAAUGAAAAGGAUUUCCAGCCUGGCCAGCAUGUGAUUGUGAGAACCUCUCCCAACCACAGGUACACAUUUACAUUGAGGACCCAUCCGUCAGUGGUUCCAGGGAGCAUUGCAUUCAGCUUACCUCAGCGAAAAUGGGCUGGACUUUCUAUUGGGCAAGAAAUAGAAGUAUCCUUAUAUACAUUUGACAAGGCCAAACAGUGCAUUGGCACAAUGACCAUCGAGAUUGAUUUCCUGCAGAAAAAGAGCAUUGACUCCAACCCUUAUGAUACUGACAAGAUGGCAGCAGAAUUCAUUCAGCAGUUCAACAACCAGGCAUUCUCAGUGGGACAGCAGCUUGUGUUUAGCUUCAACGAAAAGCUUUUUGGUUUGCUGGUAAAGGACAUCGAAGCCAUGGAUCCUAGCAUCCUGAAGGGAGAGCCUGCGACAGGUAAAAGACAGAAGAUUGAAGUAGGACUGGUUGUUGGAAACAGUCAAGUUGCAUUUGAAAAAGCAGAAAAUUCAUCACUUAAUCUUAUUGGCAAAGCUAAAACCAAGGAAAAUCGCCAAUCUAUCAUCAAUCCUGACUGGAACUUUGAAAAAAUGGGAAUAGGAGGUCUGGACAAGGAAUUUUCAGAUAUUUUCCGACGAGCAUUUGCGUCCCGAGUAUUUCCUCCAGAGAUUGUGGAGCAGAUGGGUUGCAAACAUGUUAAAGGCAUCCUGUUAUAUGGGCCCCCAGGUUGUGGUAAGACUCUCUUGGCUCGACAGAUUGGCAAGAUGUUGAAUGCAAGGGAGCCCAAAGUGGUCAAUGGGCCAGAAAUCCUUAACAAAUAUGUGGGAGAAUCAGAGGCUAACAUUCGUAAACUCUUUGCUGAUGCUGAAGAGGAGCAAAGGAGGCUUGGUGCUAACAGCGGUUUGCACAUAAUCAUCUUUGAUGAAAUUGAUGCCAUCUGCAAGCAGAGAGGGAGCAUGGCUGGUAGCACAGGAGUUCAUGACACUGUCGUCAACCAGUUGCUGUCCAAAAUUGAUGGGGUAGAGCAACUGAACAACAUCUUAGUCAUUGGAAUGACCAACAGACCAGAUCUGAUAGAUGAGGCUCUCCUUCGACCUGGAAGACUGGAAGUUAAAAUGGAGAUAGGCUUACCAGAUGAGAAAGGUCGACUACAGAUCCUUCACAUCCACACUGCAAGGAUGAGAGGGCAUCAGUUACUCUCUGCUGACGUAGACAUUAAAGAACUGGCUGUGGAGACCAAGAAUUUCAGCGGUGCUGAACUGGAGGGGCUGGUGCGGGCGGCACAGUCCACUGCUAUGAACCGACACAUCAAGGCCAGUACUAAGGUGGAAGUGGACAUGGAGAAAGCAGAGAGCCUGCAGGUGACAAGAGGAGACUUCCUUGCUUCUUUGGAGAAUGAUAUCAAACCAGCAUUUGGCACAAACCAAGAGGAUUAUGCAAGUUACAUUAUGAAUGGUAUUAUCAAAUGGGGUGAUCCAGUUACACGAGUUCUAGAAGAUGGGGAGCUGCUGGUUCAGCAGACUAAAAAUAGUGACCGCACGCCACUGGUUAGCGUCCUUUUGGAAGGCCCUCCUCAUAGUGGGAAGACUGCUUUAGCAGCGAAGAUUGCAGAGGAAUCCAACUUCCCCUUCAUCAAGAUCUGUUCUCCUGAUAAAAUGAUUGGCUUUUCUGAGACAGCCAAGUGUCAGGCCAUGAAGAAGAUCUUUGAUGAUGCGUACAAAUCCCAGCUUAGUUGUGUGGUUGUGGAUGACAUUGAAAGACUGCUUGAUUAUGUCCCUAUUGGCCCUCGAUUUUCUAAUCUGGUAUUACAGGCUCUUCUUGUGCUUCUCAAAAAGGCACCUCCUCAGGGCCGCAAGCUUCUUAUCAUUGGGACCACUAGCCGCAAAGAUGUCCUUCAGGAGAUGGAGAUGCUGAACGCUUUCAGCACCACCGUCCACGUGCCCAACAUUGCUACAGGAGAGCAGCUGUUGGAGGCUCUGGAGCUUUUGGGCAACUUCAAAGAUAAGGAACGUACCACAAUUUCACAGCAAGUCAAAGGGAAGAAGGUCUGGAUAGGCAUCAAGAAGUUACUAAUGUUGAUUGAGAUGUCGCUCCAGAUGGAUCCUGAAUACCGUGUGAGAAAAUUCCUGGCCCUCUUAGGAGAAGAAGGAGCUAGCCCCCUGGACUUUGAAAAUGGACUCUUUGCACACACAUAGUGACCAAGGGAAGUGACCAAGGUGAAGACGGCCUGGGAUCUUCACUCAACUUACUCAAGAUCCUAGACAAAGUGAAAUGAUCCCUACCUUCAACGUGUGCUCACUCUGCAUGAUUAGUGCAAUAAAACUCCCUUCCUUGUGCUUA